AUGGCCGAGCCAAGCACCGGCGGCGCUGAGGGCUCGGAGGACGCGCUCCAGGAGGCCGUGGAGGUGUUCCGGAAGCUGAAGGAGCUAGAGUGCCCCUUCCUCAAGGGUCUGUAUGUCUCCGAGCCCCAAACAAUCCUGGAACUGCUGAGCAGCCCCUCCAAAUACCGUCUGGAGAUCUUGGAGUGGAUGUGUGGCCGAGUCUGUCCAUCCGUACAGGACAAGCUGAGCUCUCUGAAGGGCACCCAGGUCGAGGGGAAGAUUCAAGAGAUGGUGAAACUCGGCCAUGAGCUGAUGCUGUGUGGGCCAGAUGAUCAGGACCUCGUGAAGGGCUGUGCUUGCGCUCAGAAGCAGCUGCGCUUCAUGGACCAAAUGCUGGAUGUCAUUCGGAGCCUCAACGUUGGCUACUCCCACUAUUCUAGUGUGGACCAGUCCUUCAAGGACACCAAGGAGAAGAAUGAGGCUCUACUGCGAAACUUCUUCUCCAGUCCACACCUGCAGGCACUCCUGAACCCCGAGUGUAAUCCGUGGCCUCUGGAUGUACAGCCCCUCCUCGACCAGAAAAAGACAACUGUCCCUUUGGAGUCAGAAGAGAGGAAGGUAGCGGAAUUGGACAAGCAGUUGCAGGAGGGCACUGCCAGGCUCCAGUUGCUCAGGGCAGAGUGUAUCCCUCAGCGCAAGGACGCGGCCACUGUGGCCGGGGCCGACUCCAGCACCUUGGACCAGAAGCUGCGCCUGGUCAUCUCUGACUUCCACCAGCUCAUCCUGGCCUUCCUGCAAGUGUACGAUGACGAGCUGAGUGACUGCUGUCACCGCGAGACCCCAGACUGCCACCCGUGCGGCCCCAUCAUCCAGGCCGUGUACCAGACUCUGUCUUCCUGCAGCCACCUGCUCAAAGCUGUUGUGGAGGUCACCAACACUUCCAUAAACACCACAGACCUGGUGGCCAGGCAGCAAGAGCAGCAGAUCUGUUGGGGCAGCAACAGCCCCAUGAGGAGUCUAGCUUCCAAAAUGCAAGAAGUCACACAGAAAUACAAAGUGUUCAAGGAGACUCUGCAAAAAGGCCCCAAGUAG